GUCACGCAUGCAGGCACGCAGCCACCAAGAGAUUGCAGUGCUUCCUAAUGAUUGGUCGUCUAAUACAGAGAAGUGCGGGGGUUACUCCAAAGUAGCAGCGCACCUCAAUGAACCUUAUUGGUGCACUGUGAGCGAUCAUCAUCUCUCCACUGGAUUCCCAUCGUCAACCUCCCGAACAUAUGCAUUUGCCCACCUUCUUCCCAAGGAGUUGAACAGAGAGGUUGUAGGUGGGGGAGGGAAAAUGGCACAAAGCUCGCUGCUGUUGCUACUGUGGCUCUUCGACACAUCAUUCGCGGGAUUUCCUAAUCAGAUUAAUAUCGGGGGUCUCUUCAUGCGCUCCACCGUGCAGGAGCACAGCGCCUUCAGGUUCGCGGUGCAACUCUACAACACCAACCAAAACACCACCGAGAAGCCUUUCCACCUCAACUACAACGUGGACAACCUGGAGUCUUCCAACAGCUUCUCGGUCACCCACGCGUUUUGCUCCCAGUUCUCCCGCGGAGUGUAUGCCAUCUUCGGAUUCUACGACAAGAAGUCCAUGAACACCUUGACGUCAUUCUGCGGAGCUCUUCAUACCUCCUUCGUCACACCCAGUUACCCCACCGACAACGAGGUGCAGUUCGUCAUCCAGAUGCGUCCUGCGCUCCGAGGGGCAGUCCUAAGUCUGAUCUCUCACUACAAGUGGCAGAAGUUUGUCUACCUCUACGACACAGACCGAGGCUUCUCCAUACUGCAGGCCAUCAUGGAGGCGGCGGUGGCCAACAACUGGCAGGUGACCGCACGCUCCGUCAGCAGCACCACAGAUGCAGCAGAGUUCAAACGCAUCAUUGAAGAGAUGGACAGGAGGCAGGAAAAGCGCUUUGUGAUUGACUGUGAGGUUGGCAGGAUCAACACCAUAUUAGAGCAGGUUGUGGCCCUGGGGAAGAACAGUCGUGGCUACCACUAUAUUCUGUCCAAUCUUGGAUUUUCUAAUGUGAGUUUGGACAAAGUGUUUGCUGGAGGAGCCAACAUUUCAGGCUUUCAAAUAGUCAACCCUGAGAACGCCAUUGUGCAGCAGUUUAUGCAGCGCUGGGAGCGGCUAGAUGAAAGAGAAUUCCCAGAAGCCCGGAAUGCUCCUCUGAAGUACACUUCAGCACUGACACAUGAUGCCAUCCUGGUGAUAGCAGAGGCCUUCCGGUACCUGCGGCGCCAACGUGUGGACGUCUCUCGUCGUGGCAGCGCCGGAGACUGUCUUGCCAAUCCCGCUGUACCUUGGAGCCAAGGCAUCGAUAUCGAGAGAGCUCUCAAAACGGUCCAAGUGCAGGGGAUGACUGGCAACAUCCAGUUUGACAACUAUGGCCGUCGGACCAACUACACCAUAGAUGUGUAUGAGAUGAAAAUAGGUGGGCCAAGGAAGAUCGGGUACUGGAACGAGUUCACACGCUUUGUAAAUAUAAUGGACCCGCAGGUCACCAACGACUCCUCAGUGGAAAACCGAACGAUUGUGGUCACUACUAUUAUGGAAGCUCCUUAUGUGAUGUACAAGAAAAAUUAUAUGCAUCUGGAGGGGAAUGACAGAUAUGAAGGCUACUGCGUCGAUUUAGCAUCUGAGAUUGCCAAACAUGUUGGAAUUAAGUACAAACUGUCUAUAGUAAUGGAUGGGAAGUAUGGAGCCCGAGACCCCGAGACCAAGGCAUGGAACGGGAUGGUGGGUGAACUGGUCUAUGGGAGAGCAGAUAUAGCUGUUGCACCUCUCACCAUUACUCUGGUACGAGAGGAAGUGAUAGACUUUUCCAAGCCAUUUAUGAGUUUGGGCAUCUCCAUUAUGAUAAAGAAGCCUCAAAAGUCCAAGCCUGGCGUUUUCUCCUUCUUGGAUCCACUGGCCUAUGAGAUCUGGAUGUGUAUAGUGUUUGCCUAUAUUGGGGUGAGCGUGGUUCUGUUCCUGGUCAGUCGGUUCAGUCCUUACGAGUGGAACCUUGAGGAACAGGACGAGACCAAAGACCCUCAGACGCCCCCUGAUCCUCCCAAUGAUUUUGGGAUUUUCAAUUCUCUCUGGUUCUCAUUGGGCGCCUUCAUGCAGCAAGGCUGUGACAUCUCCCCAAGGUCUCUCUCAGGCCGUAUAGUCGGUGGUGUGUGGUGGUUCUUCACCCUCAUCAUCAUCUCAUCUUACACAGCCAACCUAGCUGCCUUCUUGACAGUGGAAAGGAUGGUCUCUCCAAUAGAGAGUGCUGAAGAUCUGGCAAAGCAGACAGAGAUAGCAUAUGGCACUCUGGACUCAGGUUCCACAAAAGAGUUUUUUAGGCGAUCGAAAAUAGCCGUAUAUGAGAAGAUGUGGUCAUACAUGAAAUCAGCCGAACCCUCAGUGUUUGUUAAGACCACACCCGACGGCGUGGCCCGGGUACGAAAGUCAAAGGGCAAGUUCGCUUUUCUCCUCGAAUCCACCAUGAACGAGUACAUCGAGCAGCGGAAGCCCUGCGAUACCAUGAAAGUGGGCGGCAACCUCGACUCCAAAGGCUACGGAGUGGCGACGCCCAAAGGCUCAGCAUUAAGAAAUGCUGUUAACCUGGCAGUUUUAAAACUGAAUGAGCAAGGCCUCUUGGACAAAUUGAAAAACAAAUGGUGGUACGACAAGGGAGAGUGCGGCAGCGGGGGAGGUGACUCCAAGGACAAGACAAGUGCUCUCAGCCUUAGCAAUGUGGCUGGAGUCUUCUAUAUUCUGGUUGGAGGGCUGGGGCUGGCCAUGAUGGUUGCCCUGAUAGAGUUCUGUUAUAAGUCACGGCAAGAAACCAAACGGCUGAAAUUGUCCAAGAGUGCUCACAAUUUUAAGCCGACUCCCGCAACCAACACCCAGAACUUUGCCACAUACAGAGAAGGCUACAAUGUAUAUGGAACAGAGAGUGUUAAGAUUUAGAGGUUUAGCAAAUGUUUCCCUCAUCCCGUGCAAAUGUGAUUAAAUAUCUCUGAAAGGACAAGGAUCACGAGAAUGGAGCCAAAUCCUUUUGGGCUGGACACUGAUAUGAUAAUCUGCAAUGACGACACGACUGAACCGAUCAUGGCAACAGCCGAUUUCCCUCCUCUCAGUGCCUUACGGAAAGUUCAAUCAAUGCAACGCAUUCUCAACGAUAUUGAUUUUUGCUUGAAACUCACAGAAAUGAGAAGAAUUGAGAGGUCAGCCAAAUAGAAUUACUGUAUUUAUACAGUACAUAUAGAAUACAUGUGAUGUGAGAGAAAUAAAGCCAUCAUUUUGCAAUGCUAAGCACAUCUUGAAGUGCCAGAAGAUGAAUCUGAGAUGACGAGGGUCUAAUUGGUUUCUUGUAAAAGCAGAUUACUCCUCAUUCUCCCGCUGCCAGGUUUUCAUUAGUUAUACAUAUUCAAAUGUGUUCUUCGUAUCUUGUCAGUGCACCGCCAGACACUGAUUAUUACAAUAUUAGCUUUUAUACUAACCUUGCCCCUCCCUCUUGAAUUGAUUCAUCUUUGUGAAAUGCCAUUUAAACGGUUAAAAGUGUGUUGUUUGUACACUUUUGGUGCUACCGACACACACCAAAGAACCAGGUCAUGACUCGCACUUCCAAUACUGCCAACAUGUGCGUAUGUUAUUCAAAGAAAGGUUACCAUGCCUAAAGUGCGUGUGAGCGCGUGCAUGCACUCCCAGUAAAGUAUCCCAGUAAGGUUGCUCAUCUCCCGAAAGAACUCCAUAUUCUCUGUAAUGGAAGUAGAACCAAAACAAUAAAGGCUAAAUCAAGUGUAGAUGAACUGCUGAAUCUAAAUGAUACCAGUAAUGGCUUUCUAAUUGUACUAUGUGGACUAGUUUGCCAUUUUCCUCGCACAUAAGAAGAUUUUGAAAUGAAUGAACUGUUUUUCAUUUUUGUUUCCUUUCAAGAGCAUUCCAUUGUUUGGUGAUUUCAUAUUGUAAAAUAAAAUAAAAACAUUAAAAUAAAGAGAUAAAUAAAGGUUGGACCAGGGUGGGUCUGCAAGCUUAGCACAUGUCCAUAUUGCUGUAACAAUUACUUUCCCAAAAAGGCUGUGAUUCAAUAGGAUUUUUAGAAAGUACUUAAGUCACCUGAAACUGUGGGAAAAUAGUUUUAUAUGUUAAAAAAAAAAAAGAAACAAUGUGACAAAAACAGUUGAAGUAUGUACAUUUAGAUGAACACAAACUAUUUAUAUUACAUAAUGAAAAGUGUUUUUUUUCCCCCUUUUUUAAAAAAAAACAAAAAAAUGCAUGUAACGCUUGAUGAGCCCUACAACUCACAAACUGACCCGAGAUUAGACAUUCAGCCCUGGUUUUAUAUACAUAUAUAUAUAUACAUAUAUAUAUAUAUAUAUAUAUAUAUAUAUAUAGUAAUUUGGUGUAUCAGUUCUACCUUUUUCUUUUUUGUGAAGCUCACCUCUCUGGGAGAUCACCAGGCAUUGUAGAGGAUACAAAAGAGCAAGAGAUGCAUGCAUAAUUUACUGAACCUCAUUAGUGAGGCGCUGUACAGAGAAUUUUAA